CUCAUUCCAUUAUUGAGGAGCAAGAGAAGAGACACUCCCAAACUACUGCCCAUUGGCCAAAGGCAUUUCGGAAGGGGAUUUAACUACUUGAGGAAAAGGCUGUUGCUGCAGGAGCUACAGAGGCAUUGGUUGUAAGGGCCCCUUCAAACUCAUGCCCUGAGCUUGUCAACAGGUGUCAGAGAGAGAAGCAAUAGAGUGACAGAUUCUCAGGCUUUCAGAGGAGGGAGUCACAGGGAACUGCAACGCCAUGACCACUAGACUACACUGGCUCACAAGAGCCCUAUGCCUGAUAAGCAUACUGUGCACUGUCACUUCCACAUAUGUGACAGAAGAUAAUUCAUCCCCCGCUGAGAAAGAAGUCACCUUCAGCCACGUCUAUAAGAUUGACCUGGCCAAGAGCCCUGAGUGUAAACUCGCCUUGCAGACCCUCCCUUCCCAACAGGACCAGUUUUCAGGACUGCAAGAGCUGGAAGGGGGCGCUACUCUGGAGGGGGAAAACAACAUAGUUUUCAGGCACCAAAUCAACCUCAAGACCCCAAAGUGUGACUGUGAUGAGUCGGAGAGCUUUACGUCUCUGCUGUACAGAGUCAACGGGCUGGAGGAGGAGGUGGAACACCUGAAGAGUCAGUGCUCCCAGGGCUGCUGUGGUGGAAAAGGUGGUGGAGCAGGAGGUGUGGACACUAGUUGUAGUGGCCACGGGACCUACCAGCACAACACCUGCAGUUGUCAAUGCAACCCUAGCUGGGAGGGUCCAGACUGCUCCGUUUCCACCUGUCCUGAUGAGUGCAACGACAAUGGCCGCUGUGUGGAUGGAAAGUGUGUCUGCCACGCUGGCUACACGGGGAGUGAUUGCAGCCAGCUGAUGUGCCCAGGCGACUGCAACGAUAAGGGAUACUGCGUGGACGGCAAGUGUGUUUGCUUCAGCCACUUCACUGGCGAGGACUGCAGCGAACAGAAAUGCGAUCCUGACUGCAUCCACGGCACCUGCGUGAACGGAAUGUGUAUCUGUGACGAAGGCUUCUUUGGGGAAGACUGCUCUACAGUGUUGGGCCCUAACGGCCUGCGUCUGGUAAGGGUGACUGAUAGUUCUCUGCUGGUGGAAUGGGAGGCUGUGAAAGCAGCAGAGUACUACAUCCUGACCUGGCACCCUGAGGGCAAUGAGGCAGAGCUGGAGCGGGUCACCGUGCCCAACACAGAGACCUCCUACCUGAUCGCAGGGCUCAGCCCAGGAGUCACCUACAUAGUGCAGGUGUACGCUGUCAUCAAGGAGAUCCAGAGCGAGGGGGACAGGAUAGAGACGACCACAGAGGUGUCUGGUAUUGAUGGUAUCCGGGUAUUGGGCCAGACUGAGGACUCUAUCCAGGUGGACUGGCAGAACCCUGCAGCACCUCUGGACCACUUCAGACUGACCUAUGCUAACCCUGAUGGGCAGGAAGAGGAGCAGAACGUACCAAUGACUGCAGAGGCCAGGACCACCCACACCAUCGUAGGACUGCAACCUGGCACUGAGUACCUCAUCACAGUGCAAGGCAUCAAAGGGACCAUCGAAGGGAAAGCCUCCUUCGCCACCGGGGUCACAGAUCUUGACGAUCCUACUAACCUCUUGACCAAAGAAGUGACAGAGGAUACCGCUACCGUGGAAUGGCAGAAGGUACAAGCAGAGAUCGAUGGCUACGUGGUCAGCUACAGCUCUGCUGAGGGCUCCAGUGGGGAGAUCCCUGUUGGGGCAGACAGCACCUCCUACAGGCUGACUGGGCUGAGGCCUGGAGUCAUCUAUACAGUCUACAUCUGGGCUGUCAAGGGCUCCCGGGUCAGCAGGAAGAGCUCCACAGAAGCUGAGACAGAACUAGAUGUUCCUACUAACCUGUUGACCAGAGAAGUGACAGAAGACACAGCGACAGUAACAUGGGAUAAAGUCCAGGCUGAAAUCGAUGGCUACAUGAUCAGCUACAGCUCUCCUGAGGGCUCCAGUGGGGAGAUCCCUGUUGGGGCAGACAGCACCUCCUACAGGCUGACUGGGCUGAGGCCUGGAGUCAUCUAUACAGUCUACAUCUGGGCUGUCAAGGGCUCCCGGGUCAGCAGGAAGAGCUUUGUUGAUGCUGAGACAGAUCUGGAUGCUCCUACUAACCUCUUGACCAGAGAAGUGACAGAAGACACAGCUGAUGUGUCGUGGGACAGACCUUUAGCGGACAUUGACGGCUACAUGAUCAGCUACAGCUCUCCUGAGGGCUCCAGUGGGGAGAUCCCUGUUGGGGCAGACAGCACCUUCUACAGGUUGACUGGGCUGAGGCCUGGAGUCAUCUACACAGUCUACAUCUGGGCUGUCAAGGGCUCCCGGGUCAGCAGGAAGAGCUCCAUACCAGCUGAGACAGAAAUUGACGCACCAAAAAACCUGAAAGCAUCGGAUGUUAAGCUGGAUGUAGCUACCUUGACCUGGACUGCUCCCUUAGCCAUAAUCGAUGGCUACAUCCUCAAAUUGAGAGCUGAGGAUGGCAGUUUGAAGGCUGUGGAGAAGAAGCUGAGGGCAGGAGACAGCAGCUUUGCCAUGUCAGGCCUGGAGAAAGGAAAGAACUACAUUGUUACCCUCCUUGCUUACAGAGGACCAAAGAGGAGCAGAGUGAUAGAGAUCACAUUCAAAACAGUGGGUUUGUUGUACCCAUUCCCCAUGGACUGUACUCAGAUUAAGAAGAAUGGUAAUGUGGCAAGUGGAAUCUACACCAUUUACGUCAACAGUGAUCGCACCAAGCCCAUGGAGGUGUACUGUGACAUGGACACUGAUGGCGGUGGAUGGGUGGUGUUCCAGAGACGCAACAAUGGACAGAUGGACUUCAUGAAGCGCUGGAGACCGUACAUGGCUGGAUUUGGGAACAUGACUGAUGAAUUUUGGCUAGGUCUGGACAAUAUCUAUGAGCUGACCAAUACUCCCACGCAGUACGAGCUGCGAGUGGACCUUGGUGUGGGUUCAGAGAAGGCCUAUGCUGUCUAUGACAACUUCAAGAUAGCCCCGGCUAAGCAGAAGUUCAAGCUGACCAUCGGCGAAUACAGUGGAACAGCAGGCGAUGCCAUGAACUACCAUCAAGGUCGCCCCUUCUCUACGGUUGACAAUGACAAUGACAUUGCUCUUGGUAACUGUGCCCUGACACAUCGUGGUGCAUGGUGGUACAAAAACUGUCACCUUGCCAACCUCAACGGCAAAUUCGGAGACAACAGACACAGCAUGGGUGUGAACUGGGAGCCAUGGAAGGGUCACCUGAUGUCUCUUGAUUUCACUGAGAUGAAGAUUCGGCCUGUGGGCACUGCCAGGAAGAGGAGGUCGCUUAGCAGCAGAACAGCUCCCAGAAAAUAGUCCCUCUGAUGAACUAAAGCAGUCAAUGGGAACCUCAUUACAAACCAGGCAAAGUAGCUAGAACCUCAAACCAGGAACAUCAAUCUAUCUCAAUAUUAUUGUAUAACUUACUUUAUGUUAACAUAUCAUAUGGCUGCAGCCAUAAACGUCUUUAUUUUUAAUAGGAUAGUUGUAUUAUAUUGGUUAUGAAUAUAUAUAUUAUAUAUAUUAUGAACAAGUGAACUGCAACUUUCACUGUAUAGUAUUUUCACAUGGGUAAAGUAAAAGGAUUUCGUAUCUUGGCUCUGUCCUAAAGCGGCAUUCCUCGCAGACGUAGAUUCUUAACAAAUUACCUCUGUCCUAUUGUACUGUAUAUGAUUACAUUUUAUAGGCUGGCUCCAUGGCAUAAAACUGUCACUAUAUUCAUAACACUGUCUGCUCCUAUUAUGCAUAAUCAGUUAGAUUACCCAAUGAUACCAUGUUUUUAGAAUAGUUAUACUGCUCUUGUUCACAUUCAUAACAUAGCAUAGACCCUGACCCUCUGUUCUAAGCUCUGGUCUCCGGCCUACCCAGCCUACAGAGUUAGCUACAUAUCACAUUUCAGAUGUUAUGCAUAAGAAGUAGAAUGUAUGACAUGCUCCUUUGUAAGAUUGUAUUUUCAAGUGCGUAUUGUAAUUGUGUCGUUCCACGAAAAGAGUGCCUUUUGCGUCCCUUUGAUAUUUUAAGUGGAAAUUAAAAGCCUGCUAUAUUAAAUUAAGUGCCCUUUAAUAUAGACCACAUGGAGAAUUCAAUCAAUCGGAUUUCUAAAAUGAAUAAAGUCUUGCUAAAAUGCCAAAAUUCA